AUGGCCGAAUCAAGCCCCAGUCCCAUUGCCAUCAUUGGCAUGGCAUGUCGUCUGCCCGGCGGCUCAGACAGCCCAGACAAGCUCUGGGACAUGCUCUCGGAAGGACGCAGCGGCUGGCGCGAGAUCCCCGAGGACCGGUGGAACAAGGACUCGUUCUACCACCCUGACCCCGAGGCAAAGGAGGCCGUCAACUUCAAGGGCCUCUACUUCCUGAACCAAGACAUCACGGCCUUUGAUGCCCGCUUCUUCAACAUUCACCCCCACGAGGCCCACUGUCUUGAUCCUCAACAGCGUAUCCUUAUGGAGACGACAUAUGAGGCGCUCGAGAAUGCAGGGCAGACACUGGCAGCGAUCAAGGGCUCCGACACUUCUGUCCACGUCGGAGCCUAUGCCACCGACUUUGAGCGCAUGGGCUACAAAGACACAGCAAGGACGCCCAAAGCCCACAUGAUCGGCACCGGAAUUGCCAUCCUAUCGAAUAGGAUAUCAUAUGUCUUUGACCUCAAGGGCCCAUCCAGCACAGUGGACACGGGAUGUUCAGGCAGCAUGGUGGCUCUGCAUCAAGCUUGUCACGGGCUGCGGGCAAAGGAGUCCAAGAUGGCCAUCGUGGCUGGUACCCAGCUGGUCCUCACGCCGGAUCAGAUCAUUCCCAUGAGUAGCGUCGGAAUGUCCAAUCCCGAUGGCAAGUGCUACGUCUUUGACAGCCGUGGCGCUGGAUAUGCCAGGGGCGAAGGCGUCGUCAGUUUCAUCCUAAAGCGUCUUGACGACGCCGUCGCGGAUGGCGACAAGGUGCACGCCAUCAUCAGGAACUCGGGCCUCAACCAGGAUGGCAAAACCGUCGGGCUCACACUCCCGAACCCGGUCUCCCAGGCGAACCUCAUGCGCCUCGUAUACAAGAAUGCCGGUCUCGAUCCGGCCGAUACUGCCUACGUCGAGGCACACGGGACAGGAACCCAAGCCGGCGACAAUGCAGAGAUAUCGUCUAUUGCGGAGGUAUUCUGCCCCAACGGUGAGCGGGAGGGAGGCCUCUAUGUCGGCUCCAUCAAGUCAAACAUUGGGCAUCUAGAAGCUUCAAGUGGUGUUGCAGGACUGCUCAAGGCAAUCCUCAUCUUGAAACACGGCGCGAUCCCACCCAACAUUGACUUUGUGGAGCCCAAGCCCACGCUUCUUCUCGAGGAGCGAAAGAUCAAGAUCGCAAAGGAAGUGGUGCCGCUGCCAUCAGCAACUGGUCCGCGGCGCGUGUCUGUCAACUCCUUUGGCUACGGCGGAACGAACGCACACAUCAUCUUGGAGGCCCCAUCCUCCUACGGUAUCAACGGCGAUAGUGGCAUAACUGGUACUCACGAUACCGAGGAUCCUGUUGUGUCCAAUGGCGCUGUAAGUGUCAACAAUGACACUACCGAAACGCAGCUCUUCGUCUUGUCAGCCCGAUCCGAGGCCUCCUUGCAAACCAUGGUGUCAAAUCUGCAAAAAUGGGCCUCGACGCAUCACGAUGCCUCCUACUUCCCCGAUCUGGCCUAUACGCUCUCUACACGCCGAUCGGAGCUGCCGUUACGCUCCAGCUUUGCAGCGGCCAGUCACGACGAGCUCAUCACCCUGCUCGGCCAGAAGCCCCGUGUCACCAAGACUCUCAACAGCUUCCGCUCCGUCUUCCUCUUCACCGGGCAGGGAGCGCAGUGGCACGCCAUGGGCAGCGAGCUCACGCUGCACCAGCCAGUCUUUAGACAGUCCAUGCUGAAGUCCGAAGCCGUCUUACAGAGGCUCGGGGCAGAGUGGAACCUCGUUGAAGAGCUCUCCAGGGAUGGGGAGACGUCGCGCGUUGGGCAGGCUGAGAUCUCGCAGCCGUCUACCACGGCCAUCCAGAUUGCCCUGGUCGAUCUUCUCAAGACCUUCAACGUCCUUCCCAACUUUGUCGUCGGGCACAGCAGUGGCGAGAUAGCCGCGGCCUAUGCCGCGGAGGCCCUGGAUCACGAGUCCGCGCUCGAGAUAUCGUUCCGUCGCGGGUUCAUGUCUCAGGCAUACUCGCGAGCCAACUCGAGCAAAGGCGCCAUGAUGGCGGUCGGCUUGGGCGACGAAGACGCCCAGAGGUACAUCAGCCAGACUCGAAAGGGCCUGGUCUGCGUUGCCUGUGUCAACUCUCCGGUCAGCACAACCAUAUCGGGAGAUGAGGCUGCCAUCGACGAGCUGAAGCAGAUCCUGGACGAAGAAUCCAUCUUCAACCGCAAGCUUAAGGUCGACACAGCAUAUCACUCCCACCACAUGAAGAAGGUCGCAGGCGAGUACCUAGAGUCCAUCGCGCACAUCAAGGCUCGCACCCCCAACCCGGCCAUCAAGUUCUACUCCUCCGUGACCGUGGCGCAUAAGACGGAAGCGUUCGACGCCCAGUACUGGGUUGACAACUUGGUUUCGCCUGUACGCUUCGGUAACGCCCUGGAACUGCUCUGCCGUGAACAGCUCGCAGGCGUCGAGACAUCGGCUCUCACGAUGUUCACCGAGAUUGGUCCACAUGGCGCGCUGGCCGGCCCCGUGAGACAAACCAUCAAGAGCCUGGAUCUUUCUGGAUUCAAAUCCAACUACGUGUCCACUCUGGCACGUGGUCGCGAUGCCAUGUCCAGCGUUCUGGAAGCGACAGGCAAGCUCUGGGAGUUUGGAUACCCAGUGUCCUUGCAAGCCACGCUGAGGGGACAGGACGAAAAGAAGCCUUUUGCUCUGGUGGAUGACCUGGCCCCCUACCCCUGGGACCAUUCCACGACCUAUCUCUACGAAUCGAACCUCAGCAAGCAGCAUCGCUUCCGCGCGCAUCCACCGCACGAUCUACUCGGACUGAGAGUGCCGGGAACCACGAGCCAGGAGCCUACGUGGCGUAACUUUCUCGGCGUCGACAGCCUCCCGUGGCUGAGGGACCAUGUCGUCGACGGCUUCGCCAUUUACCCAGCGACGGCUUACCUGUGCAUGGCCAUAGAGGCGGCGCGUCAGAUCAGUGUCGACCGAAAGAUCCAGGGCGUCAUCUCCCAAGUGCAUCUAAGGAAUCUGACCUUCUCCAAAUCCAUCAUGAUCCCGGAGCGUCGCACAGAUGGUCUCACUUCGGAUGUCGAGGCCCUGCUUACCCUACGACCAGCCAAGGGCUCGACUGACCGCACUUGGGAGACAUUCCGCAUCAUGGCCCUGUCACCCGAGGACGUCUGGCACGAACACUGCUCCGGACAAGUCAUGCUCGAGUGGGCUUCCAAGGAGGACGAGGUGGAAGGCCUCCGUGAAGAGGACAUGGCGGUCUCUAGCCGCCUCCAGCAAUUGCAGGACAUUAUCGAUGGCUGUGACACCAGCUACAGCGGCGAGGCCCUGUACAGGAACUUCUCCGAGAACGGGAACGUGUACGGUCCCACGUUUGCCUGCAUCGAGUCGGCUCAGAUCGGCCCUGACGGAGCCGUGGCCGACAUCACCGUUCCCGACGUGGUGAGCAUGAUGCCGCGGAAGCACCAGCAGCCGCACGUCAUCCACCCGGCCCCCUUUGAUGCCGUCUUCCAGUUGGCCAUCCCCCUGUAUAGGCGGAAGAUUGGCAAUGGUUCAGUCAUGCCUACCAGCAUCGACGAGAUUGUCAUCAGCUGCAACAUCAGCAGCACCCCUGGGACCGAGUGGACUGCGUCUACUACUGUCAAGGAGACGGGCUUCCGGUUUGCUCGGGUUGAGACAAUGGUGUUUGAGAAGUCUGCCCAAGGUGUCCCUCUGGCGCCUGUCAUGAUGCUUCGUGGAGCCAAUCUUCGCGGCAUUGGCGAGGCACCUGUUGACGAGAGCGCGCUUCCCUUCAACCGCAAGAUGAGCUACGCCCUCGAGUGGAAGCCCGACGUAGAUCUUGCUCUCAAGAACCAAGAGUCCCCCCUAGCCAGUUAUCUUGAGCUCCUGGCCUUCAAGCAGCCGCGCAUGAAGAUUCUCGAAGUGGGAGCCGGCACUGGGGAGGCAGUGGCACUUCCUUUCUUGACGACUAUCGACCGCCCAGAGGGCUUGCUGCUCGACCGGUACUGCCUUACAGACAAACAGAGCGAUAUCGUGGAACAAGGCAAGACAGUCUUCCAACGAUGGGCGGACCGGAUCGAGGUCAAGACUCUUGAUAUUUCUAAAGACCCUUUCCAACAAGGCUUCCAAGAGGGCUUUUACGACCUCAUCAUUGCUGCUGAUGGGUUCCGCGGCACAAGCUCCUUCGAUGUGUGCCUGGCCAACUCAAGGAAACUCCUGAAACUCAACGGCCGGCUUGUCCUCGGCGACCUGGCAGUCGAAGAUGGGCAAGCAAGCGACUUGCACACAAGCAUGCAAGGGCUGGGCUUCCAGGUGACAUCUACUGAUCAGCACGCCUCAGGAUCCGUAUCCCGCAUCCUCGUUGCCACCGCUGUUGACCUUCAGACAACAAGAAGCGACAAUUUUGCACCUGUUUGCGUCAUAAACCAGUCCCCGUCCGAUGCAGAGUUUUCGUCCCUCGCGGAAUCUUUGAAGACGCAGAUGACCAGCCGAGGGUUCCCCUGUUCGUUGGACAGCUGGUCCUCUGAGCCGGUAGAUGCUGAAUCCAUCUACAUUGUCAUUGACAACGUGGCCGACCCCAUCCUUGCCUCGCCCACCCCCGAAAGAUUCACACAGAUCGUUUCUCUUGUCACCAAGGCCAAGAGCAUCUUGUGGCUGAGCUGCCAUGGAACAGGCGCUGAUGCCAACGACCCAUCCAAGGGUAUGAUCAGUGGCCUCGCCCGCGUUGUGCGUCGUGAGAACGCAGGCAUGCGUCUUGUUACCGUCAACGUUGCGCAGGACAAUGCCAUGUCGAGCCCCGAUACCCUCGUCUCCCGGCUCUGGGAUAUCUUUUCCAGGUCUUUCGCCACCCCUGUCAGCGUGGAACUGUCCAAGGAGGAUGAGUACACUCUGAGCGAGGGCCAGGUUCUCAUCCCUCGCGUGCACGCUGAUGCCAAGUUCGACGACUGGGUGAAGAAGGCCAUCUAUGCCCAGGGCAUGGAGGUCGGACCAUUCCAGCAAGUCGAUCGACCCCUCAGACUAGAAGUCGAGACGCCGGGCCUCCUGAGCAGUCUUCGUUUCGUGGACGAUAUCAUCCCCUCCAAGCUCCUGGGGCCGUUUGAGCUGGAGCUCGAGGCUAGAGCCUACGGCGUCAACUUCAAAGACGUCUUCAUCGCCAUGGGCCAGAUGAUACCCGGCGUCACCAUGGCCGGCGAGUGCUCGGGCGUUGUCCGCAAGGUGGGCUCCGGCAUCACCGACAAGUUCAGCGCGGGAGAUCGAGUGUGUGGUAUCUUUGCCGAGCCCUUCUCGAGCCACCCUCGCAUCAAUGGCAAUUUUAGCUGCCGCCUCCCCGAGACCAUGUCAUUUUCUGUUGGCGCUUCCGUCCCUGUCAUCUUCUGCACGGCCUACCACUGCAUCGUCGAAGUCGCUCGUCUCCAGCCCGGCCAGACGAUCCUGAUCCAUGCCGCGUCCGGUGGUGUUGGUCAGGCAGCCAUCCAGCUUGCCCAGAACAUUGGUGCCGAGAUCUUCUGCACCGUCGGCAGCAGUGCGAAGCGUCAGCUGCUCAUUGACACCUUCAACAUCCCACCGAGCCACAUCUUCUCCUCCAGGCUUCGCACCUUUAAGCAGGGCAUCCUGCGCCUGACAAAGAACGAGGGUGUCGACUGCGUCCUCAACUCCUUGUCUGGCGAGUCCCUACAUGACUCAUUUGCCGUUCUCGCACCCUUGGGCACCUUUGUCGAGAUUGGAAAGUCGGACAUUUACAAGAAGAACGAGAUCAGCAUGGUUCCAUUCGACAGCAGUGUCACCUUUGCCGCCGUGGACUUGACUGUUCUCGCUCGUCUCAAGCCGGCCAAGAUGCAGCAGACGCUCAGCAAAGUACUCUCGCUAUUCGAGGAUGGUACUCUCAAGCCCGUGGCACCAAUCAGGGACAUGCCCAUGACCGAUAUCGAGGAGGCCUUCCGCUUGAUUCAGUCAAGGAAGCACACUGGCAAGGUGGUACUUGUUUGCGACGAUCAAACGCAGGUCAAAUUGACCGCGGCACGCACCAAGCCUCUGCAGCUAGAGAAGAACGGCACAUAUGUCAUCUCGGGAGGCCUUGGUGACCUGGGGCGGAGGAUUGCAAGGUUUCUUGCUGCCCAUGGUGCGGGACAUGUGGUCACCUUGUCUCGGAGGUCGCUCCAGGAAGACGAUCGAGUGGCGUUCGAGGAAGAGCUUCGUAUUCUAGGAGCCGAGCUGCAUGUCGUUGGUUGCGAUGUUACUGACGAGGCAUCAGUUCAAGCAGCCGCUGCCAAGUGCACCACAAGUCUGCCGCCAGUGAAGGGUGUGAUCCAUGCGGGCAUGGUUCUCAGAGACCACCCCCUAGAGAUCAUGUCCCAUGAUGACUACAUGACAGCCACCAAGCCCAAGGUCCAAGGCACUCGACAUCUCAAUGACGCCUUUGGCGCUGCCGGCUCCCUCGACUUCUUCAUUAUGCUGUCUUCCAUCACCUCGAUCCUCGGAAAGUCUGGCCAGUCCAACUACGCAGUGGGAAACGCCUACCUGGACGCCUAUGCGGAAAGCAAGAAGACGGCCAAGUGCAGGUACAUUGCCCUGAAUCUGGGCGCAGUGGACGGGUCCUUGGCCAUCACCUCUCUGCCGGCUGCACAGCAAGAGGUCAUGCGAAGAGGCUCGGUUCUCAUGUCGUUUGAUGAGGUCUUUGCUGUCCUGAACUACGCCAUGAGCCCACAGGCGAGCGAGAACGGCCUUCACCAGCUGAUCCUCGGUUUCGACCGAAAGUCAAUGGAGUCGGUUCACGACGAAGCGGCCCUCGCAAACCCCAUGUUCAGCCAGAUCCCCCACCUGGACGAGGAGGGUGAGACGCCAAAGGAGGCCGCCACGGACGUUGGUAAGAUGCUCCAGCAAGCAGCCUCGCCCCAGGAAGUUGAGAGCAUCGUCGUUGGCGGCAUCUGCCAGCGGUUUGCCAUGUUUACAGCCACCCCUGUCGAGGAGAUCAGCCCUGAUGUCUCCAUGGACAGCUUCGGCCUCGACUCCCUCGUCGCCAUUGAGUUGAAGAACUUCCUCGUGCGGACCUUUCAGGCUACACUGCAGACGUCCGAGGUGCUUGACGCUCCCAACAUUGUCAGCCUGGCCAAGACCAUCAUCCUCCGGUCGAAGCUGGUCUCUCGGGAAACCGAUGCGGCCACCAUCGAGAAGGAGGACAAUGUCGUCGCUGAGAAGGCCAUGAAGCCCAUGCUUGAUAGUGCAGCCCAAGGCGCGAACCACAGCUUCCACUGCUGCAAAGCAUCCAAGAAGCUCAACAAGAUGCCUCUUGUCGACUUUGACACCAUGCUCGACGAAUACCUCGACAAAUCCAAAAUGUUCUUCUCUUCUGAGGAGUUUGCAACGCUGGAGAGGGACGUGGCAGAGUUCAGAAAGCCGGACAGCACAGGCCGCAAGUUCUACAGCCGUCUCUACGACCAGGCUCACGAUCCCGACAUUGAGAACUGGCAGGAAAAGUACUUUCUGCAGAGCAUGUAUCUCCAGCGCCGCAUGCCGUUGGCCCCCUUUAACAAUUUCAUGGCAUUCCAUCCGCAAGGCGAGAUGGGCCAUACCCAAGCGGAGCGCGCUGCUCUGCUUGCCAACAUUGCCUUCAAGUGCAAGCAGGACCUCGAGGCAGACCGGUGGGAGCCCAUGGCUUACAUGUUCAUCGCCAAUUGCACCGAUCUCUGGCAGUACAUCUUCAACACGGCUCGCCUGCCCGGUGUGCCCUUGGAUCGCAUGGCCAAGUUCCCCGGGAAUGACUACGCGGCCGUGUUGCACCGCGGACACAUAUUCAAGGUUGAACUCCGAGAUGGAGACCAGAAUGUGUCUGUGGAGGCCCUGACCAAUACUUUCAACAGCCUCUUGAGCCGAGACGUCUCGGAAGACGACUGGACUAGUAUGCUGAGUGCCGACGAUCGGACAUCCUGGGCAGAGAACCGACAAGCACUCAUGGAACUCGAUCCCAUGAACAAGGCAACCAUAGACAUGGUGGAGGCUGCGGCUUUCCUGGUGUGCCUCGACGAGACGGAACCAACCGAUGCCGAAGGGCGCAUCCAUGACAUGAUGAUGCUCAAGGGCUUCAAUCGCUGGGUGGACAAGUCCAUUGCAUUUGUCGUGUGCAAGAAUGCCACUUCUGGCUUGUACGUCGAGCACACCAUGAUUGAUGCAAUGACUCUGCUCGCUUUGCAGACGGACAUUGUCCAGGGCAUCCUGACGCAUAAGCCAGUCCGAGCAGUCAACGGACACACUAAUGGAGUGGGCCAUCUGCCAGAGGAGUUCCCUCUCAGGACAACACCGGCCCUGGACCAGCGCGUCCUCCAUGUGAGGCAGCGAUUCGAGACCGAGAUCGCCAAGUUUGGCUACCGGGACGUGGUCCUCUCCGACUUUGGCAAGGACAUUCUCCUCGAUCGCCAUCUUCCCAUCAAGGGCAUCUACGACCUCAUGUGCCUGCUCGCCAACUACUACUACUACGGAUACAACGCCCAGUCGUGGGAGGCCAUCUCCAUGUCGCACUACCACAAGGGCCGGCCCGACAUUGUGCAGGUCAACACGCCCAUCACUGCCAACUUCUGCACCGUGGCGGACGACGAGAGUCUCCCGGCGCGCGAGAGGUUCGACCUGAUGGUCCAGGCCGCCAAUGCCCGCAACCAGACCAUCAAGGAUGCCUUCAACGGUCGAUGCUACCAGCGCACGCUUAGGGCGCUCGAGCUCUGCGCAGAAGAGGGCGAGGAGCUGCCUGACUUGUUCAAGAACCCGCUCUACGACCAGACUGUCGAGCCGAACCAGAUGUUUUCCAACACGGAUGGGCUCUCCCCUGAGUCUUGUUUCAUCAUGCAGAAUCCCAAGCGGUUCUGGAUGACCUACUAUGUCACUGAUGGAGGAUCGCAUUUCUCUGUUAUUACCGGCAAGGAGGAGGUCGUUGCGUGGGCGAACAGCUUGCAACGGGCCUCGGCCGUCAUGAAGAAGUUGAUCGAUGCGGUAUGAGAAUAAUGAUUUCUAUAAUAGUCCGUAUUCAAGG